AUGUCUCCUCCUACUGUGCCUCCAAAUGGGGUAGAUGGUGUGUCUGCAUACCUGAUGAAGAAAAGGCACACUCACAGGAAGCAGCGGCGCAAGCCCACUUUCCUCACUCGUAGGAACAUUGUGGGCUGCCGCAUUCAACACGGUUGGAAAGAGGGCAAUGAGCCGGUGGAGCAGUGGAAGGGCACUGUACUAGAGCAAGUUUCCGUGAAGCCCACUCUAUACAUCAUUAAAUACGAUGGCAAAGACAGCGUGUAUGGACUAGAACUGCACCGAGAUAAGAGAGUUUUAGCGCUGGAAAUUCUUCCUGAGAGAGUGCCAUCUCCUCGCAUAGAUUCGCGCCUGGCAGAUUUCCUGAUUGGGAAGGCAGUGGGGCAUGUGUUUGAAGGCGAGCAUGGUACAAAAGAUGAAUGGAAAGGCAUGGUGCUGGCGCGAGCUCCUGUGAUGGAUACUUGGUUUUACAUCACCUAUGAAAAAGAUCCAGUCCUCUACAUGUACACCCUGCUGGAUGACUACAAAGAUGGUGACCUGCGCAUCAUUCCAGAUUCCAACUACUAUUUGCCUACAGCAGAACAAGAGCCUGGAGAAGUGGUCGAUAGCCUCGUGGGCAAGCAGGUGGAGCAUGCCAAAGAUGAUGGGUCCAAGAGAACCGGUAUUUUCAUCCAUCAAGUGGUGGCCAAGCCUUCUGUCUACUUCAUUAAGUUUGAUGAUGAUAUUCACAUUUACGUCUAUGGUUUGGUGAAAACUCCGUAA